GAAGCAACUGCACUACUUGAUUCGUUGCUAUCGGCCAAAGAGAAUUUCGUUCGACAAGGCGCUGUCAUUGCACUAUCAUUUAUUCUUAUACAACAAACUGAUGCAAUUUGUCCGAAAGUCAGCGAAUUCCGAAAAACAUUGACAAAGAUGAUCACUGAAAAAGGCGAAGAUUCGAUCACGAAGUUUGGUGCUAUUCUGGCGCAAGGUGUUAUGGAUGCUGGCGGUCGUAAUGUGACCAUCUCGUUGCACAAUCGUAAUGGUCAUCCGGACAUGCAAAGUGUUGUUGGUACAUUUGUCUUUUUGCAGUAUUGGUACUGGCAUUCACUUGCCCAUUUCUCGUCGCUGGCAUUCAAACCGACCUGUCUCAUUGGUCUCAAUUUGAAUCUCGAAGUGAGCUAUAUUUUUUGGUUCGAUUUUUCGCGAAGUUGCAUUUCACCUAAAAUACCUUCAAAUAAUCGGUUUUAA